GGUAUAAAAGCCCGCCGCUGUGCUGAGCUCGGGGUUCGGUGUGGCUGUGCUCAGGUCGGGUCGGUUCGGUUCGGUUCUUCUUCCGCUGUCCCGCUUCACAGCUCCUCAUCGGUCACAAUGUCUGACUUCUCGGAGGAUCAGAUUCUUGAGUUUAAGGAGGCCUUCCUGCUGUUUGACCGGACAGGAGAUGGAAAGAUCAGCUACAGUCAGUGUGGAGAUGUGAUGCGAGCUCUGGGUCAGAACCCUGUCAAUGCUGAAGUGCUCAAAGUGCUUGGAAACCCCAAAGCUGAAGAAAUGAAUAUUAAAAUGCUGGAUUUUGAGCAGUUCCUGCCCAUGCUCCAGGCCAUCGCCAAGAACAAGGACCAGGGCUCAUUUGAGGACUUUGUGGAGGGUCUGAGGGUGUUCGAUAAAGAGGGAAAUGGGACAGUGAUGGGUGCAGAGUUACGCCACGUCCUCACCACGUUGGGUGAGAAGAUGACGGAAGAGGAAGUAGAAACUCUGUUGGCAGGGCAUGAGGAUGCAAAUGGAUGCAUUAAUUACGAAGCCUUUGUGCGCCACAUCAUGGCCGGCUGAGUGUUGGAACUCGUCAGGAUGGUGAUGAGCGGUUGAAGAUUUCAGACCCAGUUUUUAUUUCACUUUUUUUUUUUGCCUGUUAUGCACACGCCCCUCUCAUCUGUCCAUCGCUAUUAUUUUUAUUAAGUGCCUUCAAGCUGUUUAAUUUCUUCACCGUUCCUGAUUCAGUUAGUUUUUCUCCAGUGUUUCACUCGGAGAGCAGAUAUUGUGUUUAAAUUCUGUGACUAUUUAAAAUAAAUGUAGUUCUGCAGCCGUUCCACAGGAGCAGUGUCUGUGUUCAGAGAAUCUUCCUUCAUACACUGCAGCAAUACAGUUGAAAGUAGUUCUGGUUACUUGACACUUCCCUGAAAUUUGUGGUAUCCCUGCACCUUCAGAGACGCACAGCUGGAAAAGUAGUUCUAUCUCUGAUCUUUUGCUUCAUUUAUACUCAAAUACCUUUUUAACUGAAGACUUCAUCAGUGUGAAGAUCCAAAUGUUCAUCAUCUGCCUUGUACACUUCCAGUCUGAAUGUGUUGGGGGGACCACUGCAGUAGGGCUUUAACACCAUGACCCUCCUAUAGUGUUUUUUUUUUUAUUUUUUUAUUUAUAGCAUCUCAUGAGUCCAGCGUGUGUAAACGUGCAUGUUUUAAUUCGCUGCACCUGACAGGGUGAUGUAUUUAUACUUGCACUUCCAUCAGUAUUUUGCUUUAUUCUCCUCACCACUGUCAUAUUCAACUGUAAAUUAAUAAAUACUGAGGUUUCAGAAUAA